UUCCAGCCAGUUUUAGAUCUGUGGCCGGCGCCCAUGAUGCGUAUCCAUGACACAACCCUGCUGCGCAUUGAAAAUAGGCGACCUCAACGCGGUGUGCUCCUUCGGUCCGUUGGCCAACGCCUGGUACGGCUACAACCGUGUGGGUGCCGAUGACUCCGCGAACGUCAGUCCGAGAAGCGAGGUCACGGUGGAUUCUUCGAGGCGACGAUCUUCCAUGGAUGAGGAGUUGCUGCCCUUUCCGCAGACCAGGGCACCCUGCUUCCCCAAGCGUCUCCAGACGGAUCCCUGUGGCGCCAGCGUUUCUGGACGUUUCAAGCGGGAACCCGCCCUGGUCAGUGGCUUUCUCACGUCCUUUUGCGAAAUGGUGUGGCCGAAGUUGUCAGGCGCAGUGCAAAAGCUCAUGGACGAACGUGUCCAAGAGGCUCUCAAGGUUGCCAUUUUGAAGCUUCCAGAGUCCAUGCGAGGUGAAGUGCACUACAACAUCAGCUUCGGCGACUCUGCACCCAUCAUCAAGGAUGUCUACAGUUGGCGGAAGCACCCGUGCGUGAAGGAUGGCAUCGAGGUCUGCGGCAAGAUGCAUUGGGAUGCCAAGGUAGACAUGCAGUUGGCCAUUGGUCCUCUAAACUUUGGCAUCGAUCGAAUUCUCAUCGAUGGCGUGGGCUGCAUCAUCUUUCGGCCGCUCAUGGACCAGGCCCCCAUCCUGGGUGGUUUCCACCUCUUCUACUGCAGCCCUCCGAAGCUGCGCGUGGGGUUGACGGGUUUGGGCGGCAUCACCAGGUGGGCUGCCGUGGAUGACAAGGUCAGCGAAAUCAUGGCAGAAGCCUUCAAGAUGGUAAUGGUCUUGCCUCAACGCAUGACACAACGCUUUGCCAACACCAAAAUCGAAGAUAUGCCGGACUUCCGCUGCCCACCGCCUGUGGGCGUGCUACAGGUGAAGGUCCUCGGUGCCCGAAAUCUGCCGGGCGUGGACUUGGGCUUUGGCGGACGUACCAGCGACCCGUAUUGCACUGUGACUGUGGGAGGUCGCACCCUUCGGACCUCUUCAUGCUCAAGGACUUUGAAACCCGAUUGGAGCCAGGAUCCGGCCCUGGUCUUUCUGGUGUACCACGAACGUCAGGAUUUGAAGCUUCAGAUUUUUGAUGAAAAUGUCUUGAGACAGGACAUCCAACUGGCCGAGCUGCCGCGCCGCAUCCGCAGCGUGGCGGACCUGGCGGCCAAAUGUGGCGAGGCGCGCUGGUUGGAGCUGGCGACCAACGACAGCGGCCACGGCGGAAACGGCGAAGCUGAGGGAAGUGCUAUACAUCUGUGUGCCAUUUUCUGCGACCUGGCACCCGACCAGUCCGUCGGGAAAGCCCCGCAAACCAGCGGCACGUACGUCUUGGCGUUGAAGCUGUUCCACCUUCGCAAGGUGGCACCAGGUGAUGCCCUGGGCACCAAAAUUCGCCUGAGGAUGGGAGACCUCGAGAUCGUCUCUCGGCCCUGCAAAGCCAUCGACCCCGGCAACGUGCACGGCUUCGGCAAGAGGAUGUCGACGCAGAUCAGCCAGCUUCUGCAGAAAGGGGUGGACGUGACGACGGUGGCGGAGGCCUUUCAUUUGGAUCCCGAGGUUGUGGAGGAAGUGCACCGCGUGCAGGCGAAGGAGCACAGUUGGUUUGGCUGGGACGAGGCACAUUACCAGCUGCUGCCCACAGAUGACAUGGUCCAAUUGGAGGUACAGCUGGGCAGUAGCAGCAAUUCCAGCUGGUCCACGACAUCCUCAUGGCUUCCCUUGUUCUUCGAAGCUCAACACCUUGACCAAGUGCUGCAACGCUGCAGGGAAGCCAAGAGUGGACACCUGCAGCUACAGUUUCCUUACGGAGCUGAGAAAGGGCUCGUGGGUGUGUCCCUCGAGCUCUUUUGCGGAGAUGGGGCGCUGCUUCCAGUGUGAAAAAUAGUGAAAAUGCCUAUUGCAUGGGCUGACUCAGCGUUUUGCUCCAGCAGAG